CCCCCCCGCCCCUUCCCUCGCUCCGGCGCUGUCCCCCUCCUCGCGCGCUCCAGCGCGCGCGCUCACACGCGAGCCCAGGCGACAUGCAAAUGAGAUUUUUUUUGUUCAACCCAAGCUGAUCCUGAACUUCUAGAUCAAAGGGAAGCACUAGGGAGCUGUUUAAACUGCCCGGCUCCAGUGCCCAGACCCAAGCCCCUCACUGCUCAAUGGACACCCCCAGCCCAGACCCGUUGCCUUCGCCUUUGCCUGAGGAGGAAGAGAAACCUCUGGCCUUACCUUCUUCUGUUCCUGGGGGCCGCCGAGGCCGCCGUCCGGGGGGGGCCGCCUCCUCGAAGCCAAAGCUCAAGGCCUCCCUCCCUCGAAAGCGGGGCCGUCCCUCCAAGUCAGGGCAGGAACCCCUGCCGCCCCAGGGGGUGUCAUCCCCGGUGGGCAGUAGUGGGGGCAACGACCUCCUGCUGAUCGAUGACCAGGGUGUGCCCUACACAGUGUCUGAAGGGUCGGCAGUGGUUAGGCCUGAGGGCGCCGGCUCCAAGAAGGCCCCUCACUUCUGCCCAGUCUGCCUGCGGGCCUUUUCCUACCUCUCUGACCUGGAACGCCACAGCAUCUCCCACUCAGAGCUGAAGCCGCACGAGUGCAAGGAUUGCGGCAAGACCUUCAAGCGGUCCAGCCACCUGAGAAGGCACUGCAACAUUCAUGCGGGCCUUCGGCCUUUUCGCUGCCCGCUCUGCCCUCGCCGCUUCCGCGAGGCGGGCGAGCUGGCCCACCACCACCGCGUCCACUCUGGGGAGCGCCCCUAUCAGUGCCCCAUCUGUCGGUUACGCUUCACCGAGGCCAACACGUUGCGGCGCCAUGCCAAGCGCAAGCACCCCGAUGCCCUGGGGGAACCCCUGUGUCCCCCGGACCCCGGGCCUGACCUGCCGUGGGACAGUGAGACCAUCCCGGCCAUGGUGGGGACGAUUGAAGAGGGGCCGGAGGAGAAAGAGACAGCCUGACCCACAGCCCUGGCCACCCCUCCCCAGGCCAAGUUUAGAGCUGGUGCUGGGCCUGGGCAAGGGGGCCGGGACUCCUUCAUUUCUGGUGAUCUUCCUGUUGUGGGAGGGUGGGGACUUACACUUCUGGGUCCUGCUGCCUUUUGCCACGCUCCCCCAGACUGAUGGGCCUCUGAAGGCAGGGGCCUCCAAAAUAAAUUUCUGCCUGCUGGCUUCCUGUGUGUGCUCAGUGAUGGUGCGACUGACCCUCCCUUCUUCCUUCAAAGAUCCCUCCACGUGGACUCCACCCAGAUGCGGCUGCAAGUGUGUGGAGUCUGUGAGAACCAAGUCAAGAGCCUCAUUAAUGCAGCGUCAAAGAGACUCCGAAGCUCUCCCAGUAAAUAUGCAUUCUAAGUAAAACAUUGAGCCUUUGGUUCUCCCACUCCAGCCAGAGCCCGGGAAAUUCUGCAGCUGCCGCUUGGCCCCAAUCUCCUAGUCCUAGGGACCCACUGUUUGGGGAAGGAGAAGCUGAGUGGAGGGUUAUGACGGGAUAGACAACUUUCACAGGGUUUACAGAGAGAAAGGUGUGGCUUGGAGAAAGGGUGGGGCUAAGGAAGCAGGAGGCAGGGCUGAGACUGAGGAGCUAGGCUUAUUGGACAGGAAGGUGAGAGCUAUGGGUGGGGCUUGGAAGAAGGCGAUGAGAACUAGGGUGGGGUUUUAGGGAGUUUCAGGGUGGAGGGGAAAUAAUGGGGGUGAUUAAGGACUAAGAAGCCCAAGUGGUGCAAUGGGUAAGCACUCAGCUGCUAACCAAAAGGUCCUCAAUUCAAACCCAUCAGCCACUCCGUGGGAGAACCACUAGUACAGCAGUGGUUCUCAAAGUUUCUUAUACGUAAGAAUCACCUGGGAUUUUGUUAAAAUGAGAUUCUGAUUCAGUAUAUCUGUGGUGCAAAUGCAAAAUUUCAACAGGGGUUCAAGCCAGAACCAACCAAUUUGAAGCCCUGGUUGAGAGCAGAUUUUAGGAGAGGUGGGACUUAACUGUUAGGAGGGGCGUCCCAGGACUGGCAUGACUUAUUCAGGGUACCGAGAGAGAAGGAGGUCUGAGUUCUCUAAGGGAAGUCCUUGAGAGAGGGGGAGGGGCUGAUAGAACGGGGUUUGGCUGCUUGGGGUGAGGUGAGUUAGGAGUGAAGCUUCUAGUAUAUAUGCGAGGGGCAGGGCUUACACUGUAAAGUGUGAUAAAGCAGUGCUUCUGAAACUUUGGUGUGUGCCAGAAUCAUCGGAAAGAUUUGAAAACACAUCACUAGACAUUCUCCCAGGGUUUCUGAUUCAGUAGGUCUUGGGAAAAGCCCCAUGAAUUUGUAUUUCAAACAAGUUCCCAGGGGACGCUGCUACUGAUGCUGCUGGUCCCCUAACCAUACUCUGACAAGCACUGAUUUAUGGGAAUGCCUUAAAAAAAAAAUUUUUUUUUUUUUUAUUAGCAGAGUGAGGCCGAACUUUGGUACAAAAGGU